AGCGCUCAGUAAGCCAGAUCGGUCAUUCGUGGCUGGAACUCCGAGCGUGCACCACCACUAAAACUCUCUCUCUCUCGGCUCUUUUUUCUGGUCCCGUGUCUGUUGUAUAUUCUCACAGAGUGCCUGAUAAUAUAACAACACACACAAGACACAAAAACUUUUGUCCGAUUUUUUUGUUUCGGUUGUCUCUCGUUUUAUUUUUUCGUGUCAGUGUCUCUUUUGUGUUUUGUGCAUUUUCCCAAUCGACUGUGAUUUUCUUUCCGUUCACCCGACGACAUUUUUUGGUUUCCGUUCAACAACAAAAAACAAGUGAUAUAUCUAUUGUAUUUUUUACAAUAUCUUCAUCUCGCCACAAAAUCCAAAAGUUUUCCAACGGAAUUUGACCGCCGACCAGCAGAUUGAAAUCGAUUCCAAUUUGUCAAAACGACACAAAAUUAUUACCAAUUGAAAUCAUUUUGAAAUCGACCCGUCACCAAAGGUUUCCAGUCAAAUCAUUAAGUGACAACAGCAGCAACAACAACAAACAACACUCUGAAACAAAAAAACCAAAAACAAGAUGGACCUGCUGUGAGACUGGACUAGUCAAAAAGAAAAACAAGAAAAAUAAUUCAGUGACCGGACCGUGAGAAGAAAACGUUUUUCCAACUGGAGAGAACGGCGGAUGAUGUUAUUGGCCAGUCUCGCGCAAUGCGUCGGCCGACCCACAUGUCCCGCGUCACCCUGCGUCGCCAGCAAUCUGCCGGCCGGCCGUCGAUGAUGACCCGGAGCCUCUUGCUCGUCUUAUUGGUGGCCAUGCUGGGCAGUUCAGCGGUGCAAGCGUUCUGCCCGUCCCAGUGCCAGUGCAACGACCACGCCUUGGAGGCCGAUUGCGCUGGAUCGCGACUGGACGUCGUGCCCAUCCUGCUCAACCCGGCCCUGCGUUCCCUGCGGCUGGCGCACAACCGGAUCGCCACCAUCCGGCAAUCGCUCGACUUUUACGCCGAUCUCGAGCUGCUCGACUUGUCGCACAACGCGCUGACCGGACUGGGCCAGCGCCAACUCGGCUCCCAAAAGGUCCUCAGGGCCUUGAACCUGAGCCACAACGCCAUCGGACACCUGGACAGUCACGGGUUCCAGGGUCUUGGCCAGCUGCAGGUCCUCGACUUGCGGCACAACGAGCUGGCCGCCCUCGACGACGGCUCCCUGGCCGAUCUGCAACAGUUGGUGGAGCUGGACUUGAGUGAGAACCGGAUCGAGAGGCUCAGUGAUCAGUGUUUCGCCUCGCUCGGCCGUCUGCGCUCCUUGAACUUGCGGGCCAACCGCCUGCAACAGUUGGCUCCGUCACCCAGCUGGACGCCGCUGGGCGCCGCCUUGCUCAGUCUGGACCUGAGCCACAACCUGCUGGCCCAGCUGGAUGGCGGCGACGGCGGCCUUAGUGCCUUGAUCGAGCUGCGUCAGCUCAACCUCAGCAAUAACACGUUGCACCACAUCCAUUACGCUGCCUUUGACGGGCUGGGACGGCUGGGCGAGCUCGACCUCAGCGCCAAUCGGCUCGAGUACGUCCCCAACGACGCCCUGUCGCCGCUGGGCGCUAGUCUUCGCCUCCUCGACCUCAGCGCAAAUUACAUGAGCCAAGUGGGAGCCGGGGCCUUUGCCGAGCUGGCCCAGCUAGAGACCCUCAGGAUGUCCGACGUCCUGACCCUCCAGUUCAUCCACCGCGACGCCCUGGCCUUCCUCAACGGCACCCUGCAGACGCUCGUCCUAUCCAACAACAAACAGUGGCGGGUCCUCGAGCCGCAAAUGUUGGCCCAACUCAACGCCCUCCGCUACGUCGACCUGAGCGGAAGCGGAUUGGAAACGCUGGAGCAAAUCGACAACUGGCCGCCGCACCUGGAACAUUUCGACCUGAGCGGCAAUCCGCUCCAGUGCAACUGCUCCAUGCACUGGCUGUGGCAACACCAGCACCAGCUGGAAAACAACAACAACAACAACAACAAUCAGACGGUCACUUUUUCGGCUCCGAUGAAGGACAUUGUUUGCCAGGGGCCGGAAUCGCUAGUCGGUCGCCACUUUUUCCAGCUGGAAGAGUCGCAUCUGCUGUGCUGGAGUCUGGCGCAAAUCAUCGUCAUUGCCCUCGUCUCGGCCCUGGUCGUCAUCGUCGUCACGGCCGUCGCCCUCCUCUGCUGCUGGCGUCACCGACGUCUCCACCAGAAACACGCCCCUUCGUCGACAUCGUCGUCGUCGUCGUCCACGUCGGGAUCGUCGACGGUGGCGUCCCAUCACCACCACCACCACCACAUCCCGGCCGGGACCGUCCUGCAUCCGCACCACGUCAAAUCGCAUUUGACCAACAACAUCCUCCAGCCGCACCUCCACCACCAUCACCACCUCGUCCACCAUCACGGGGUGGGCCACCCCAAUCACCUGGAGCACCUGGAACAGCAUCUCCACCACCACAAUCUCUACCAGACGCCAGACAGUCCGCCGCUCAAGAGCAAAACCUUGUCAUUUCCCAAGACGGUCGACUAUUUCCUCAACGACGACGACUACGUCUACCACCCGGGUGGGCACAUCAAACCCAUCCCCGUCACCGCCGUGUAAAUAAUAAUAAUAAAAAAUAAUAAUCAUUUGGGGUACCAUCACCAGCCGUUAAGACAAAACAAAACAAAAGACACACGAGAAAAAAUUCUUCCUCUUUUUCUUUCAUUCUUUCAUCUAUGUGAGUGUGUGUGUGUGUGUAUUAUAUAAUAGCACAUAUAUAUAAAUAUAUAGCCGUCCUUUUUCAUUCAAUGUGUCGGUGUGUGUGUGAGUGUGUGUAGAGAUGAGACUUGUACAUAAAUACCCCCGGUGCCGCACCAUAUAACCCAACCCUCCCCUCCCUUAGCUAUAACCCCGUCUCCUCCACCACCACCACCAACCUAAUCCUGAAAUGUAUUGUACAUGAUAUCUGCAAUUAUUCUACCCAAACGAUGUAAUAAAAAUAAUAAUGAUAAUAAUAAAAAAAAAA